CGUGUGAUUUGACAGUCGCAUCUCUCCGUUGCGCGCGCGUGUGUGUGUGUAUGUUUACGAUCGUCGUGCUCCACGUGCUGCGUGUGGAUGCGCUCCUCGCGCGCUGUCGGUAACAGAAACCAUGACCGGCGCGCCGCGCGACCCCUUCUACUCCUCUCCGUUCGGUCCGUUUUACCGGAGACACGCGCCCUACCCGGUGCAGCCGGAGUACCGGAUGCACGAGCUCAACAAACGGCUCCAGUCCCGGCCUGAGGACUGUGAUAUUCUGUGGUGGGAUGCAUUCUGCACUGAGUUCUUUGAAGAAGACGGCGCACUGACUCUCUCAUUCUGCCUGGAGGAGGGGCCAAAGACAUACACCAUCGGGCGCACCCUGAUCCCUCGUUACUUCAGUUCUCUGUUCGAAGGAGGAGUCUAUGAGUUGUUUUUCGAGCUGAAACAAACAAAGGAGUCGUUCAACAACUCAACUAUUACUGUCGACUCUCAUCAGUGUACUAUGACCACACAGCACGGCAAACCUACGUUCACUAAGGUGUGUACAGAAGGCCGUCUAAUUCUUGUGUUCACCUUUGAUGACCUCAUGAGAAUCAAAACAUGGCACUUCACCAUCACACACUACAGUGAACUCAUUCCUCGCAGUGUCUUGGCUGUAAAUGCACAAGACCCUGGAGCUGUGGAACAACUGUCCAAAAACAUCAGCCGAGUGGGACUUACCAACCUCACACUGAACUACCUCAGAUUGUGUGUGAUUCUAGAGCCCAUGCAGGAGCUCAUGUCGAGGCAUAAGACAUAUGGACUGAGUCCCAGAGACUGCCUGAAGUCCUGCCUCUUUCACCAAUGGCAGAGGAUAACAACACCACCAGUUGGACCCUCGCCCAGCUUCAAGACAGAAAUAUUUCCCACUAAUUCCAAAAAAUCAGAGCCAGCCAAACCAGCAACAAAGAGACGGAGGAGGAGGAACUCAGCUGGUAGUGCGUCCAAUAGCAACACAGGAAACAGCAAGAAGCGCAGCACAGCCAAUAACUUCAGCCUUCCUUCACAGGAUGUGAUGAUGGUAGGAGAGCCCUCUCUAAUGGGAGGGGAGUUGGGUGACGUGGACGAGCGUUUGAUCACACGCCUAGAGAACGAACAAUACGACCCCGUCAAUGGUCUCCAUGAUGACGGUCUCCAUGACUACACCGACUCACCGACACUUGGAAACGGCAGCUCCUGGAACAGCCAGCACCCUAGCAACCAGGACAGUAAGGCAGAUACCAUGGCGAUGCAGCAGUUGGAGUAAUGUGAUCUGACAGUGGGUAGCUAUGGCAAUGGUGCUGUCAAGGGAUGGGAUGGGGGAAUCUUCAUCUAUAGAGGAGAGAUUGCUGGAGAGAGAGGUGUGUGUGUGUGUGUGUGUGUGUGUGCAUGCUUGCGUUUAUGUCGGUGUAACAUGGUAUUCCAUACUUGAGACAUACAGCUUCAACCAUUUAAAGUAUAAAAAAAAAAAAAAAUCAGUUCAUUUCAUAUAAGAAUUUUUCAGCCUUUUUAAAAACUCAUUGGAUGUCUUGGCUUCAUUCUGUGCCAUACUGUUUGGUUUCUACGACGAUGUUUUAGUGCCACGUUGAAAUAAAAAAAAAUCUAAGAUUAUGAGAUUAAAGUCGUAAUAUUUCGAAAAUAAAGUCAAAAUGUUUCGAGAAUAAAGUUGAAAUAUUACGAGAAUAAAGUCAAAAUACUAUGAGAAUAAAGUCGUAAUAUUAUGAGAAUAAAGUUGAAAUAUUACGAGACUAAAGUCGAAAUAUUAUGAGAAUAAAGUCAUAAUACUACGAGAAUAAAGUCGAAAUACUAUAAGAAUAAAGUCAAAAUGUUAUGAGAAUAAAGUUGAAAUAUUACGAGAAUAAAGUUGAAAUACUACGAGAAUAAUGUCGAAAUAUUACAAGAAAAAAGGCCUAAAUCUCUUAACAUUUUGACUUUAUUCUCGUAAUAUUUCGACUUUAAUCUUUUAAUAUUUCAACUUUAAAAACAUUUCGACUUUAUUCUCGUAAUAUUUCAACUUUAUUCUCGUAAUAUUUCGACUUUAUUCUCGUAGCAUUUUGACUUUAUUCUCGUAAUAUUUCAACUUUAUUAUUUUAGUA